AUGGCGGUAGCGCGGCCGGCUCGCCGCGGCGGGCAACGCACCGCCCUGUUCGCCACCUUUGCCCUGGGCUUCGUGGUGCUAGUGUCGCUGCUCAAUCGAGGGAUGCCGCUGCCCUCGCACACUGGGCGCAUCCUUGUUGAGGACCAAGGCACAGCGGACGAGCUGUUCCAGCUGGCCAAGGCCGCCAGCAACGCAAAAGACUUUGCCGCUCGGCUGCAGCAGGCGGGGCUCAUGCUCGACGACGCCAGCAGUGGCAGCGGCAGCAGCAGCGGCGGCAGCAGCAACAGCGCUGUGUCCACUGGAGGCAGCAAGGCCUCCACCGGCAGUGGAAAGGCCGGCACUGAUAAGGCUGACGGGGCCAAGGGAGGCGGGAAGCUUAAGGUGCCGCUGCUGAGCCGCGACCUGGCGCGCAGCCACGCGCGGGACGGGAUCAUCAUCGUCACCUGGGCCAACUACCACUUCUUCGACUUUGUGCUCAACUGGGUGGAGCACAUGCAGCGCCACGGCAUCAAGAACUAUCUGGUGGGGGCCAUGGAUGUGGAUACAGGCCAGGCUCUGGCGGCGCAGGGCCUCAACGUGUUUGCCAUGUAUGAUGAGACCGCGGGGAAGGAGGACACGGGGCUGGGCACGGGCGACUUUGGAUGGGGCAGCCCCACCUUCCACAAGAUGGGGCGCCAGAAGGUGGAUCUUGCCCGCACUUUCAAUGAGUACGGCCUGGACCUGUGCCUGUGUGAUGUGGACACAGUGUGGAUCAACGACCCCACCGAGUACUUUGAGCGCUUCCCCGAGGCCGACAUCCUGGCCUCCUCCGACGGCCUCACCCCCUCCAACCCCAAGGGAGACGACAACCUGGAGGCGGUGGAAGCCAUUCACUCUGCCAUGAACAUAGGCCUGCUCUUCUUCCGCCACUCCAAGAACACCAGCCGCUUCAUCGAUGCCUGGCAGAAGCAGCUGGACUCCGACUCCAAGGCCUGGGACCAGAAUGUGUUCAACCAGGUGGCCCACGUGGGCCUGGUGCCCUUCCAAACGCUGCCCAACAACGACCAUCUGGUGAGCCCGGUGUAUGGCGCCUGCUGCAGCGCUGCCAUGCCGUGCCGCGCCUCGCUGGCGCUGGCAGCUGGCAACACGGGCCUCACUGCAGGCUGCCUGCACGUGCUGGGCGCCAACCACUCCCUGGUGUUUGGGGUGCUGCCCAUCGCACAGUUUGCCAGCGGCCACACCUUCUUUGUGCAGCGCCUGUUUGAGUUCCAGGAGGUGAAGCCGUACGUGGUGCACACUACUUUCCAGUACGGCGGUACCAAGGGCAAGCGCCAUCGCCUGCGUGAGGCCAUGCUGUGGUAUGACCCACCAGAAUAUUACUCAGAGGGCCUUUUCCUAUCUGUUGACCUCGCCUACCCGGCAACCCCAGACGGUUUCCAGGAGCAGGACAAGGUCAUGAUGGAGGGCGUGCGGUUCAAGACUGAUUGGACCAACGACGCCAUGGCAGAUCUACACCUCAAAAACAUGCGGGAGCAGCUGCUGCAGCUCAAGACCGCCUUCAAGCUGGCGAUGGCGCUCAACCGAACCAUCAUCAUGCCCAAGGCAAGGGCAGGCCGCUGGCUUGGCGCUAGCACGGGCAAGCUGUGCAGCCUCGGCUACUGCAUGCACAGUUGCCAUCGUCUGCUGGCCUGGUGCGACAAGUACUGGGGCCCGCUGGAGUUCUGCCAGGUGCCGGGAGCUUUCAAGAUGCGGCUGCCCUUUGUGGCACCCAUGGAUCACGUCCUCGAGCCCUUCAAUUUCGACGACGACAUUGGCACCCCCCCGCCUAUUCCCUUUCGCGAGUACUCCUUUCUCCAAAACGAGCGCACGCCGCAGGCGCUCAAGGACAGCAAGGUUGUUAUCUCGCCCGCCACCGAUGCCACCAAGGUGGAGGAGCUGAAAGAGGGCGGCAAGACGGUGGUGCGCAUCCCGCAGGGCCAGACGGAUGCGCAGCUGCGUGAGCUGCUGGCUCCCUACAAGGAUGUGCAGCUGCUGCACUUCAACACCCUGCACAAGGCGUUUGGUGGGUGGGAGGACAAGGCCAUGGUCGGCAAGUUCCAGCACCGCCUGUCUCACAUGAUGGGCUUCUUCUGCUGCAAGAAGGUCAAGGAGGGCGAGGAUGGAGGCUACGCCUAUUACCGCUUUCUGGAAGACCCUAAGACCUGA